AUGUCCCUGUAUCCAGAGGAUGCUCGGCUGGAGCAGGGAAGACGGCCUCAUGCCAUCGGACAGUUAAAACCAACCGUUCUCCUUUACGGUGACGAACACCCCAAAGGAUAUGAAAUUAGUCAAAUCGCUGCCCAAGACGAGAACAGGGCUGAUUGCCUUGUAGUAAUGGGUACAUCGUUAAAAAUUCCGGGUGUCAGAAAUCUUAUCAAGAAUUUUUCUCGAGCUGUUCAUGAUCGUAACGGUUACGUAAUAUUGGUGAAUAAGUCUGAUGUGGUCAGACGAGAAUGGAACGGUAUAAUAGAUUAUCAAAUAGAAGGCACGUGUGAUGACUGGGUUAGAUUAGUUGACAUCGAAUUGACCAACAUUGAAAAGAAGAGGAUAUUAAAAAAACUCCCCAAGAACAAUUUGAUCGAAACGAAAGAAAGUAAAAAAAGGCUUCAUGGUGAAGAGGGUUCGUUAGAGAAAUCGGGAAAAAAGGUAAAGCUUCGCAAGGAACAAUUAGAGUCAAAAAGAGAAAAGAAGGUAAAAGUUUCCAAAGAGAUUGAAAGGAAGGAAAAGAAGUCGUCGAGAGUUCUUAGAUGCACAUCAUUUGAUGUAAAGGGGAAAAAUAUAAGUGUUCCUAAGGAAACACGAAGGACGAGGAAUUCCAAGACCAAACCAUUGGUUGAAAAGAUUACCGAUCAAAAGUCCACCAGGGUCAAAAGGAAGAUUUCCGAAGCGGAAUUAGGCGACGCGGAUUCACGACAGACAACAUUACAAUUGAGGAGAACAAACCGAAAUGCUUCGAAGCAAAAUUCAAUAAAUAGUAAGUUAACCGAUUUAACCAGCCCAAUUUACUUCAUAAACUUUCGUUGA